UGUUCGUCAGGCAUCAUUUCUACAGUGGAUCUAGUAGUGGAUCAUUUCUCAUUUUGUUGAAAUUGGUUCUUCCUUACCUGGAAGCAAAUAGAUAUUGGUGUCAAUGUUAUUGGUAAAGUCAGACUCAGCGUUGAAAUUCAUUCCGUCUGUAAGGCUGAUCAACAACCUUAGCCUUCGCAAAGGUAGCCGUACAGGAAACUCAGGCAACCCGCUGGAAUUCCAAGUGCUCACCCAGAUUCAGUACGUGCCCUGAACAGACGGAACGCAAAGCAGCAGUCCACCGUUUCCAUCGUAAAACCUGAACCGCUAAGCAAAUCGAGAGAACCACAAAGACAAAAGACAAGCCAGCAAAAUGGUGCAAGAGUCCAAGAUCCGAAGCAUGGGCGGCCAAACCAACGGCAGCAGCAACGGCUCAUCGAUGUACCGCCAGCCAGAGAAAUCAUCGGCCAAUUUCGGUAGUAGCAUUCAAAAGAUGAAAAUGACCAGCACAGGGUCCCCAUUCGGCAGUGCGAAAUCCAACGACCCAGGCAAAACGGCGACCAAUUCGGCCGUCUGGGGUCAGUUCAAAAGUCGCGACCAGUUCGUUAGUAUGCAUUUUUCGUAGAUGCAAUCGGUUCGUUUCGCGAUGAAAUGAGCGGGUUGUGGAGAAAAGUCAUGUUGUGAUAGGGUUGACGUUAGUUUUAAAGCAAAAACAAAGUUAUUUAAAUAUUCAAAAUUGAUUUCGAAAGGCA